UCGUCCUACUGCCGGCGCCUCCCGCAGCCAACAUGGCGGCUCUACGUGUGACCUGCGGCGCAGCUGCUUCAUACGGGCUCUUUCUUGGGGGUAGGGUUAGCUUUGCUCGGGGACAGGGCCUCUGGAAAGCCGCGGCUGCUAAACUGCAGAGAAGUCCCGGAUGCCAGAUAUUAAGGUUAAGACACACCACAGUUGUAACAACAAGGAAAAAUGUUGCAGUCUUAAGACGUGAAACUUACACAGUGGAUUUUAUUAAAAAGCAGAUUGAAGAAUUCAACAUAGGAAAGAGACACUUAGCCAACAUGAUGGGAGAAGAUCCAGAAACUUUUACCCAAGAGGAUAUUGAUAGAGCGAUUGCUUACCUUUUUCCCAGUGGUUUGUUUGAGAAGCGAGCCCGGCCAGUAAUGAAGCAUCCUGAAGAGAUUUUUCCUAAACAAAGAGCAAUCCAGUGGGGAGAAGAUGGCCGCCCAUUUCAUUUUCUCUUUUAUACUGGCAAACAGUCAUAUUAUUCAUUAAUGCAUGAAGCCUAUGGAAAGCUACUAGAUGUAGAAAACCGUCAAGACCAGCUGCGAGCCAAAGGUCUGUUUUCAGAAAAAACUAAAGCCAAAGACCCGAUUGGCAGCAGAUGGCUGAUUAAGGAGGAACUGGAAGAAAUGCUAGUGGAAAAACUGUCAGAUCAAGAUUACGCACAGUUCAUUCGGCUGCUGGAAAGGUUAUCGGCGUUGCCGUGUGACGCGGCUGAAGAAGAAUUUGUGGGCAGGUUCCGCAGGAGUGUAACCAUUCAAUCGAAAAAACAGCUGAUUGAGCCUUUGCAGUAUGACGAGAAGGGUAUGGCCUUCAGCACAGGCCAAGGUAACAGAAAGACUGCAAAGGCAAAAGUGACUGUUUAUGACCAUGGAAGUGGGAGGAUAGAAGUAAAUGGGGUCGACUACCUGCUCUACUUUCCGGUGACUCAGGACAGAGAACAGCUGAUGUUCCCUUUCCACUUCCUCGACCGGCUUGGAGAACACGACGUGACCUGCACGGUGUCGGGGGGCGGGCGGGCGGCGCAGGCGGGGGCCAUCCGCUUGGCGACGGCGAGAGCCUUGUGCAGCUUUGUCACCGAGGACGAGGUCGAGUGGAUGCGCCAAGCGGGACUGCUUACUGCCGAUCCCCGUGUCAGAGAGCGGAAGAAGCCGGGCCAGGAGGGAGCCCGCAGGAAGUUCACCUGGAAGAAGCGCUGAGUGUCUGGGCGGGAAAGGAGGGGGCCUGUGCACCUGGCACGCGGCGGACGCGCAGGAGGCAGGCGCCGGCCGGGUCAAGCAGCACCGUCGCACGUUGGAGUUGGGAGCUGAUUUAUGCUAAAUGCAGUGUCGUAAAGGUUACCUUCUCAAAAUCAUUAUUUAAAACUGUUUAGCUUUGUUUUGCUGCUUUACUUUUAAAACUUUUUCAGAAGAGAGCUUUAGAAGCAUAACUCAGAAUCUUGGCACAUUCGACCUGAGAGGAGCAUGCAGCAAAAUCCAAUCAAGAGACCGCCUUUUGCGGACGGAAAGGCCCAGCCCCACACAUCUGACCCAGCAGAGCCGCGCUGCUAACUUAAUGACAGGACGGACUUGGACUCACUCGUUUUCCCAGAGAGCAGUUGUUACAACAUAUCUUUCAAAACUGAGGGCUGAGAGUCCUUGUUGAGAAGAGUGAAGCCCCUGGAGCGUCUUUGCCAGGAGCCCAGCUGAGCCUCUGCGGAGGACAACAGGCCAGUCCCCCCUCCAAGCCCCCGGCAACCACCAUUCCACUCUCUGUUUCUGAGUGUGACUUUUUU